UUUGUGCGCGUACAGACCCGGCCCGGCCUGUCCUCUGACGGGGCCGCCCCGUGGAGCGGGAGGAGGAGCGGGAGCAGGAAGGGCUGAGGAGGAGGGCGAAGGAGAAGCACGGAGGAGGACGUCGCCCGCCCGCUCGCGCCGCCGCCGCCUCAUGCCGCGGCCCCGUCCUGCCGCCGGGGCUGAGCCGCGGCUGAGCCUCCGGCCGCUCCUGGCCCCGCUGGGGCUGCUGCUGCUGCUGCCGGGCGCAGGUGACUGCCAACUGCACGCAUCUUGUGGAAUCCAGAAGUGCACCACUGAUUUUGUGUCCUUCACUUCCCAUCUAAACGCAGCUCUUGAGGACUUUGAUCUGGAGUUCUGCAAGGCCCUGCGCGCGUACUCUGCGUGUACCUAUCGCAAUUCCAAAGUAUGCCGUGGAAACCUGGUCUACCAUUCCGCAGUACUUGGGAUCAGCGACCUCAUGGCCCAGAGGAACUGUACCAAAGAUGGACCAACGUCCUCCACCAACCCUGGAAUGACCCAUGAUCCUUGCAAUUACAGCAGCCACACAGAAGCCAGAGAACAUCAGGGAGGGGAGAAGACUCCUGCUCCUACUUAUCUGUUUUGUGGCUUAUUUGGUGAUCCACAUCUGAGGACUUUUAAGGAUCACUUCCAGACAUGCAAAGUGGAAGGUGCUUGGCCCCUCAUAGACAAUAACUACUUGUCAGUGCAAGUGACCAACGUGCCUGUGGUCCCAGGAUCCAGUGCUACUGCUACAAAUAAGAUAACUAUUAUCUUUAAAUCAUACCAAGACUGUACAGAACAGAAAGUGUAUCAAGCGGUGACUGAUGACUUGCCUGCAGCUUUUGUGGAUGGUACAACGAGUGGAGGUGAUGGGAACACCAGGAGCUUGAACAUCGUGGAGAAGGUCAGUGGGAAGUACAUCGAGAUGCACGCCCGGCACAUCGGGACCACGGUGUAUGUGCGGCAGCUCGGACACUACCUGACGCUGGCCAUCCAAAUGCCUCGGGAACUGGUCAUGGCCUACGAGGAGGGCCAGGACCUGCAGCUCUGUGUCAACGGCUGCCCCUCCAGCGAACGCAUUGAUGACAGCGGUCACUUGCCAUUGCCUGUGAUGAGCAAAUUGCUUCCUCAGGGCAGUGCUGCCCAUCCCCGAUCAGGGUACACACUGGAAACCGCCGCCACCAAAUGCCAUGAGAAGAUGCUGGUGAAGGACAUCUAUUUUUACUCAUGUGUAUUUGACCUGCUCACUACAGGUGAUGCCAACUUCACAGCUGCUGCUCACAGUGCCUUGCAGGAUGUGGAAGCGCUGCAUCCCAGAAAAGAGCACUGGCAUAUCUUUCCCAGAAGCAGAGCUGGUGUUGUGGGGAGGGAUAGCAAAUUCUUUGUCCAUCUUGGACUUGUGUCCUUUAUCCUUGUUGUGUUUUUGUAGUUUGUUUUUUUUUUUUGUCUGUAAACAAAGUUUUGAAAUAUAUAUUGUCAUAAUAUAUUGAGUAAAGAGGAGUAUAUAUGUAUAUACCAUGUAUAUGAAGGGAUGUUUUGUCUUGGGACACCCACCAGAUUGUACAUAUUGUGUUAACUGUUUUCAUAUAUGUUUGAUGCAGUGUUCUUUGUAUCUAUUUGUUUUACAGUUGUUGAAAUGUUUUAUAAUGUCCCUGCACUGGGACCUGAUAGAGAGCACUUUAUUUUUUACAUAUUAAAUAUUUAAGUGUGUAUCUGAGUAACUGUGUAUUACACAUAAAAUACUCAGUGCUCCCUCUAAGUACUACUUGGUUUAACACAUUUUUUUAAAUUGAAUUAACUUGUGGGUUUUUCCAGGAGAGCUUUACUUAAUGCCAAACGUGGAUAUUUUGAAGCUAGUGAAUGGUCUCUGGAGAGAGCUUAAACUUAAAGGGAACGCUUGCUUUUUUUCACAGGCCCUCCAGUUGUCUGUCUUUUAGAAGCCUACAGAUUUAUAUUUUUUUCAUGCUUGGAAACCCCACAGUGUGUCAGUCUUUGCAAAACAUUUUAGAUGUGGUUCAUCAGUAUACCAGUAAGUAUAUGUGUGUAUGUGAAAGAGUGGCUAUGCAGUGUAUAAAUAUUUUGAAUUAUUACAGUAGAAGAAUAGUUGCCUGCCCUGCUGAGGAACGUCAGUAAUGUGGUGUGACCCCUGGUGGGGUGCAGAGAAAUUGGGGAUGUAGGCCACAUACUGGGCAGGCAAUUUAUAAAUAAAGGCUGUUUGUCUCCUAGCCAAAUAGUAUGGAUAGGAUAUUGGAUAGGAAUGUGCUGAAUACAGUUCUUAUACUUCUUGCAGAUGGUUGUUUUCCCUCUACUAAAUAAGAUGUGUAGUUAAAUUUAUGACCAGCAGCUGUAAACCAGGCCAGUUUAUUAAAGAGAUAGUGUGUGAGGAACCAAGAGCAGGAACCAUCCCCUCAGGAUACCAGUUGUACAGUUCCUUUACAGUGUUUGUGGAGAUACUUAGAAGAGCUUUAGCACAGUUAUCUGUGUUACUGCUGCAUUCCUCCUGAGAGGUGUUAUAAAAAUCCUCUUUUUAAGUUAUUGGAGAACGCUCAGACCAGAAGAACCCUGGAAUAGAAAAUUAUUUGCCAUAAAACUAAAGAAGAGAUGGUGAAGUUGGAAGAAAAAAUUAUAUAGAAGAGUCCAUAAAAUUACAGAACAGGAUGACCUGCUAAGUAUAUAUGGAAGCUAUAAUAUUUCAUCUGCAGGGCUAAUCACACAGUGUGAAGGUAAAUUGAAAGUGCCAAAAGUCAGAUACAUACCAAGACAGACCUAAAAACGACGACUUUGAAUGUUACUUUGCUAAGCUCGUGUUACAGCUAGGAUUUGAGCUGUGUGAGGAACAAUCUUAUGUGGUAAAUAUAUCAGUAAAAUGAUCUGUGGAAAUUGCUGUAGAAAGCAAAGGGAGCUUUAAAUAUAUAUAUGUUUACUAUACACAGAAGGCAGCUGUCAUACCUGCAAGGAUUCACUCUCCCACGUGUUGAUCUAUCACCACAAGCUCUGCAGAAGGCAGUGUGACAUGUUUAUGAGUAUUUUAGUGCCACGGCCUGUCAGCUGUUACUGACACUACAUGUUGUUUGCCUUUGUCUUCAACAAGCUAGGCAAUGCCUUGGAUAUUAGUGGCUUAUCCAAAACAGUUUUUUAAGUAUCUUCUUAACCAGAAUGUUUCCUAACCGUAUGCUAACAAUGGCUGAGGAUGGUUCUCUGUAGUUGUGGAAUCUGGCAACUUCUAUAGGAAGCAUGUUGCAGGACUGAGCAGAGACUGUGUGCUUAAUCCUUCAUUUUGUAUGUACAGAAGACUCCUAAACAAGGGUAUUAUGAAAGGAAAUAAUAGGCUUAACUGCCUGUCAAACCAAAAAUACUUUUUUAUUUCCUGACUGGAAGAAAAAUCUGUGUAGAGCAUCUGUUAAGUGGAACGCAACCUGAGAGAACAACCUGGCUUUUGUUCUUAUGGUCAAGUUACAGCCCUUCAGUAUUGCAUUUCCUUUCAGACUGCUGCUGUACUGCCAGAAAAUAGAUCAUCAACUAUUUACAUUUUCUUACCUUGGCAUUGUGGUUACCAUGCAUUUGUUUUAUGAGUUUUGAGGCUGUGCAAGUGCCUAUUUACUUAUAUACACUGCAAAGUGAAGCAAGCAAUGUUGCAAGCUUUGUACUGUCUAAUGAGAGUUUCAUUAGUGGACAUGUUUUGAAAAAAAGCCCAGGAGUCUUGUGGCUUUCUUCUGUUUUGACAGACACACAGAACAGUUUACAAUCUUGCAUUUGUUUUCUUCAUGUAAGUGCAGCUGUGGUGUUUUACUGAAAUUUUCAUGCUUAGGUUAUUUAAUUCCCAUCUAUAUCUUGACUGGUACGAAUUCUUUUCUGUCUUUCCCUAUUCCAGUUAUUACAGACUGCUAUCUACACAAUGUCCAAACAGGACUAGUAAUGAUUCCCUUUUUUUUAAAAGGUGUUUUUUACAAGAUAAAUGUUCUCUGUGUUGUGCUGCUACUUCUCUCCAGAUGUAUUCAAAACAAACAAGAAUUGUGGGGAUCAGUGUUGUUCAUUAGAUUUUAUCAUUGUUAUUAGUUAUCAUCUUGUGGAGAGCAAAAUAGCCACGGAUCAAGUACAAGUAUGCAGGUAAAUUUGUGAUGCUGAUGUAGAACAAUUGCAUCUGAUCUGAUUCUGAAUUCUUUAUCUUUGUAAAGUUCAUUGAAAUUAAAAGCUGCUGAUAGUAAACAACUGUGAACAGUAAGAUUGAUUACAGUCUUCGUGCUGGGCUGUGUAUCAGAACUCAUAAUUAGAUAUAAAAAGGACAUUGUGUCAUAUGUGGAGUGCCAAUAACAUUUACAGGGAUUAUUUUCAUGAUUACACUAGUUUUAAAGCUUAAUUUCCACUUUUAUCUACACUCCAACAGUAGACAAAUACUCCAUUAAAUACACAAAACAUGUACAUGUCAUUGAUUCUAGUAUGUGCUGAGGGCUGGAUCUAUGAAAGAUUUUAUAUGUAUGUUUGGUGUGUCAAGCAUUUAAAUCUGAAACUGAGACACACAGUUUCAGCUUGAACCCAGAUGUUUCUUUAGGAUCUCUGCUUUCCUUCUUAGUCCAGUAAAGCCUCUCAAGGAAUCUGUAUUUUGCUGCUGAGCAGAGGAAACAAAUGCGGUCUUGAGUUUGUAUCUGCACACUAGUCAGAUUUAAAUGUUGUUCAUUUGUCUGGUUUACUUGUGGGACUUUUUUGGCAGUCACCUGACCUGCUCACUCGUGUUUGGCAGAGAUAAUGGUAAGAGUUAUUUAGACUGUAGUGGUGUUAAGCACUCUGCUGGAGUUUGGGAGAGGCAAGUUGAAACUCCUCUUCUGUCUUGGUCUUUCACAUCUGGUGAGACUAACAGCUGGGAGCUAUUAUGGAAUAGUGCCAUUCUGUGGUGUUACCAAGGGAUAGCUUUAUCCAAACAAGGUCUUAGUUGCCUUAAAGGAGACGAGGCAUACUUUAGUGAUUGAGAGGUAUUUCAUCUAAAUUAGGUAAACUAAACACGUAAGCCUUCUCUGUAUUCGGUGAAGUAAAUAGCAAUAUUGUAGGUUGGGUUGAAUUGCCUUCUGGAGAUGCCUACUGCUAUUGUUCUGUAGAGGGGGAAGCCCAGACAGCUAUUUUAAAAUGAAAUUAGUCUAGCCCUGAUGGGUACAUUUUAAAUUCCAGCCUAGGUUUGUAUCCAGCGACAAUCUGCUUGCUCGAGACAAGCCAGCUGAUCCGGCACUUGCUGCAUAGCACCCCAUCUGUCUCCCAGGCCUAUCUGAUGGAUAGAUACACCUUGGCCUCUGAAAGCCUCACAGCAGACCUGGGCCUGGCCUGUACUCUUUGAUUCUCUUGAAAGCAGACCUGAAUAAGGCAACAAAGCCCUCCCUUCCUUGCUGUCCUGGCCCCUUCUCCCCUCCCAAGGCAGGUUUGUGCGAGGCAGGGGAAGGCCAGAAAAGAAAAAAAAAAAGCUGAAGUUGGGACAAAGGAGAGAAACUUGAGUGGGUAAAGUCUUAGUGGUAAGGCUUCUGAUCUUAAUUUUGGCCUUUAAAUCCCAGACUGUUUACUUUUUCCAGUGAAUGAUGCAGAGUAUAGAAAAAGGCUGCAUAGGAGCAAGGGCUGUAUUUUCUAAUUAGAGUGUUUUAUCUUUUAGGCUGUUCUUUGGUGUCCUGUGCUGCCAUUACCAUGCAAGUGUUUUACAGAAAGCAAAAGUUUCAACAGCUGAGGUUGCUAAAACCUUAAAUACCCUGCAGCCAAAUUGUUAAUGUGUUUGACUAGAAAGUAUGAGAUAGUGUGUGUUUGAAUCCCCACUCCAAAUUGUUUAAAGAAGAUGUGUAAACAAGGUUUCUUGCCUUCUCAGGUGACUGUAAUAAUCUUUAUCCUGCUGGGUUUAUCAGCUUUUGUCUGGCUAGAUCCAUCUGUUAUCCUUUCUCAGGAAAAAUGCUAAGCUUUUUCAUACCAGUCUACUUGGAAGUGUAUGAGACCUGCCUUCAAAAGGGUGUGUUAGCUUUGAAACACACCCCUCCCACUUCCUGUAGGUGGGAUGCAUUGGACACAUAUGGAAAGAGAAAUAACUCUUUCCAUAACUCUGUCUCUCUGUAGAGAGAGCCUAAUGGUACCUACCCUUGUGGUGGAUAGGGCAAGUUAAAAAGUGAGGUACAUCACUGUUUGUGAUGCCAUCUCUUAUCCCUUGUUCCUGACCUAUAUGUAGUGCCAGUGGUUUGGCAUGACCUGCCUUCAUCUAGUUCUUGCUUCUUCAGGUGCUGCCAGUCAUCACUCCCCAGCCACCUGAAAACACAGUGAACUGAUUCCCUUAAAAAUAAGUAAGUUGAUCUGAAGGCAUGAGAGAGAAUUGUUACCAGGGUAGGCUUUUUGAAAAACAUUUUUUUUUUCAUUUAGUAAUUUUACAAUCCUUCAGCAAUUAUAAAUUCUGUAAAAAGGCCCUCCUUAAUCAUUAAAAUGUGGCUUGCACAGUAGUGUUUGAGAUCUUUGGAAUGCCACCAUUUUUUUUUCAAUACUUACGUAAAAAGUCACAAGUCUCACCUCUUCCUGCAAAUGAAGUGGCCUUUAUUACGGUAAAGAGAUCAAUAAUUAGUCCCAUUGGGAAAUCAGAUACAGAUAUUCCUUUAUAAUAAGAAUAAUUGCUGAAAAAUCAAUUCAGAUGUGUCUGUGCAAUCAGUCUGCCCUUUCUCCACAGCUAGUCAAGGCUCCUCAGUCAAAAAAUAUCAAGUCCUUCAGGGAUUACCCUCUGUGUGUGAGUCCUUGAAAGUUUUCCACAUGCAUAUUUGUUGACAGAAGUGCUAAGAGUUUCUUCUUUGUCAGCAGAUCUUCUUGACAGACUAUUGAUUACUUUUUGACUUUCGUUGGGUACAUUGUUUUGUAUGGUUGGCAGUCCUGAUGUGGCUGAUUCACUGACACAAACAGAGAGGGCCUGAACAAGUGGAAACACUUUCUACUUCAGGGUUUAGACUCUGGUAAAAAUCAGAAAAGCAAGACAAAUAGAGCUUUCUUCAAAAAAGUGUUAGGAUAUUGCUUCUACAUUGUCUGAUGGGAGCAGAAGUGUAGUAAGAAAUCUCUACUUCUGUUUCUUUGAGUUAUUUCUACACUGGCUCAACCAGAGCAAACCGCUGUCAGCAGCUGGAGUGUGUUACAUGAUCUUCUGAAACAUUUCUUCCCAUUUAGUUCCACCAGGAAAGAUCCAUUUCAUCCAGUCAGAGAUGUGAAUCAAAAGCAAGUAAGAGGGAGAGUGUAAUAAGGAGGUUGACUUCAAAAGUGAAAACAUUACCAGCUCUUUCAGUCUUAAGAGAAAGUCUUGUCUGGUAGUGCUAACAAUUAUAAUGCAAAUUCUUAAAAUCAACAUUAUAUGUAAUACCUCUCUGGGUAAAAAACCAAUCAAACCCCACAGCCCUGCAAUCUGAAACCAGGUCCUUUAUAAGUGAAUGAAUUAUCUAAUGACAAGAAGUAAAAGCCCUCCCUGUUUCAGCUUUGCUCAGAAAAUAUUUUUACUGACUAUUUAAAAUGCCGGUUAAAUGGCAAUACAUUGGCCUCUGGUGGAGUACUUGCCUUAAACAAAGAGCUGUUAAUUGCAGUCUAAUUGUGGACAAUAAGGGUUAUCUGAACAGUCAGUAAUGAAACUUCCCCAGGUAACAAUGUAAGUAUUUGUUUGUUGGUUUUUUUUAAGGUAAUUUCCCCUCAGUGGGGGGUUCUUUAUUAAAUGUGCAUAUGGGUCACUAGCACAUUAGAAAAUUAGAAAAUAUCCAGAGAUUAAAAAUAAAGGAGACUCUCUAUGUACAUAGAGUGACUAUUUGGUGAUUUAGACACACUAAGACAAGUAGGAAUUUCUCCAUCUUGCCUUUUCAUCUCUUCUUUACCCAUAGAACCAGCAUUCAGUCUACCCACUCACGAAGGAGGAAUACGGUUCUUCCAUUCUUCAUUUAUUUCAUCCUUACACAUAGCUUUGAAUAUAGGGAUUAGAGUAUUGUGUAUCAGCUUUGGCUGAAUCCCUGAAUUUUGAGGAAGCUCUUUCCCCUGCCUGUGACCUCCAAAGUUUUGUUUCAAGCUUAUAGCACUCACCAUUAGCUGCAUUUUUCUAUAAAGAGACAAAACACUUCUCAUAACUUCCUUACAAUGAGGAGGAAGCGGAGUUGAAGUUACCAUUCUAUCUAUAGCUAUUCAGCAAUGCCUUCCCACUCUGCCACCCACAAAAUGUAAUUCAAGCAAGCAAAUAUGCAGCCACAAGAAGAAAUUCACAUUUCAUUUUGAAGUUAACAGAGCUUUGCAUUUUCGCUUUCCAACUCUUACAGAUUUUCUACCUAGACAGAAAAAAUCCAUAACAUAACCUUAUACACAUGGAUAAUGCCUAUUCUGUUUCUGGGGUUAUAUCAAGAAAACCCUUGCCAAAGGCUAUAGCCCCUGCAAAUUUACAAGCCCCAGUUUUUGCAUAUGAACCUUGAUUUUGAACAUCCACAAAUCCAUGGGACCUGAUGAGAUGCAUCCCAAGAUCCUGAGGGAGCUGGCAGAUGUUGCUAAGCUGUUGAAAAGCCAUGGCAAUCAGAUGAAGUCUGUAGUGACUACAUGCUCUGUGCAUGUAGAGAGGUGCCCAGUCAUCGUGAUUUUCUGGAAAGGGGGUGAGAACUUUCACCAUCAUUCAGUCCUCUUUGCACAUCCUUAUUUGUGUGGGGCCAGCCUCCUGCCCUGUUUUGCUGGCUGCAAGGUCUCUCUUGUCCACAUCACUCUGAGACCUUUGCUUGUGAAUCCAUGUCACAACUACCUCUCUUGAUGGUGGAUCAUCAUCUCCCCCUCCUUGCUGUUCCUAAUUCAAAGCUCUUCUCACUAGGCUUGACAGACGUGAGAAGCUGUUCUGCCACAGUCAAGUCACGUGGAACCAAUUAUCCAUCCUUAUCUUCAAAAUGGCCUGGUGGUCAUAAAAGCUGAAGCCUCUGAGACCAGCUGAAAAAGUGGUUGUUGAUCCACAGGAUCUGUCCACUCCUCAAAUUCCUCCUUUUGCUGGCAAAUGGCACCACAGGACCCUGGUUCCCUUGGUCCUCACCUCCAGAGUGACACAAUCAUUCUUGUUCUGCUCCAGGUCCCCCCUGGCCACAUGGGUGGUGCUUGAGUUGGCCAAGAACCAGGGAAGCCUUGGCAGCCUCCCCACAGAACCCAUGUGAAGCAGCAAACCUCUUUAGACCUGGGUCAGUCUGGUCACCAGAACCUCUGCCCACCACAGGCAGUUCCUCUUUGCUCUCACUUCCCAUCUCCCCCUAGCUGCUGCUGCCAGAGGCUCAGAGGCUGCCAGAUGUGGGGGUGUCAUCAGGUGGUGAUAUCCCAGCCCCUUAUCUGCUACCAGGGCUCUGAAUCUCUUCUAUAGUACAGAUCUGCAGGUGGGGCAGGAUACCCUCCAGUCUUUGCCCCCUGUGAGUCUGCAUUUCCCACACCUGGAUGUAUGCACGGACUUUUCCUCCAUCCUCCAGUGCAGCAGUUCAGGCUCCUGAGUCAAGCUGACAUAUCCCUUACUGCUACAGUUCGGAGAUAUGAUUGCCCAAGGUCAGGCACAGGUUAACAAGACUCAGAAGCACUGCCCUGGACUGUAAUUAAGAUUGGUGAAUUGCUGGAAAUACUCUCCUUUGCUCUUGUAAUCUGUCUGCUUUGCUCUUUUUCAUAUACCCUAAUGGUUCUGCAAUUCUAUUACAGUAUUAACCAAACACAUGAUGAAAGUUUCACUUUCUUUAUCCACCAGCUGCAACAUUGAUCUUAAAGGUCUUCUCUUAGAUUAUGUGAUUCUUUGCUCUUCUGUUCUUGUCCCUCUUUCUGAUGUUGUAAACUCUACCUGAAAUAUUAAUCAAUAAAGUACAUCAGAAAUAGC